AUGAGGGGCUGGGGUGGCACAGGGUGCCCAGGCUUUGCCAAUCUCGACAAGGCAGAGCCACUGAAGAGAGGUGUUCAGUGCCCACUGGCAAAUGAGACGCGGGUAUUCCGCAUCUCGGACCCGGAGACCGGCGCCACCUGCAGAUAUGCCGCUGUCCCCUCGAGUCACACCUUCAGCAGUGCUCAGCAAGUGUGUACCUCGUGCUUCGGCGGGCAACUGGCCUCCAUCCACAACUACCACACCAAUGCCGAGAUGCAGUUUUGGGGUGGGAUUGAAAUCAAAGACACCGAGUUCUGGAUCGGGGGUGUCAUUGAUUACCAGAACCAGGCGGUGAACUGCCACUGGGCGGACGGGAGCUCCUGGAACUACGCGCACUGGCAGCAAGGCUACCCACAGCACUCCGGACACGCCUGCGCCACGUUCUGCGUCACCGAUGGGCUCUGGAGAAGCGCAUCCUGCGCCCAGCAGAUGCCCUUCGUCUGCGAGUUUUGA